GAAGGUGGGAUGAAAGAUGCAUUCGCCUUGCCCCUUAAAUAAUUUUUCUAAUUUGACCUGAUUUGAUUUCUGGUGGCUAGUUAGCCUUUCACAUGUUAUUUGUGUCAAUGGUAGUAGGCUCACCUACAUUGAUCUUUUGGUAGCCUUCCCUUCCACACUUGCAGGCAGCAUUCUUCUUAUUGCCGCUUCUACUUCUAGGCUAGGCUGCCGACACAACAUCUUCUGCCCUUUUAUUUUAUUUUUAUAUAGUGAAUUUACCAUUCUAACUCCAAAUUCUUCAAUUUGAUCUAUCUAUGUUUUCUAAAGUAUUGCAUGUUAAUAAUAAUUGUGACUGCGAUCAUAUCUAUGCAACCCGGUAUCUGGCACAGAUGAAUCCCUCAUAUCGGCCCAGCUUGUUGGAAAAAGACGGGGUUCUUCCAUUUGCUGCAUCAGACGUAGUUUUGAGUUCCUCUCCGUGGAGCAGUCAUGUUGUUGGAAAAAUUAGUUCUUGGAUUGACUUGGAUUCGGAGGAUGAAACUCUUCGGAUGGAUUCCGAAACCACAUUGAAGCAAGUAAUAGCUUGGGCUAAUCAUCUCUCUUUACAGGCAUGCAUUCUUCCUUCUCCCACGGGUGCAUCCUGUGCUAAUUAUGCUAGGUGUGUAAAUCAGAUUUUGCUGGGCCUCAACAAUAUGCAGGUACCUUUCUUGUGGCUUAGGAUUCCGCUGGUGAAGACUGAUGACGACGACGACGUUAUGGAUGCUAACUCUACUAGCUUUGUAAGCGACGUCCCCUUUUAUUUUGCUUUUCUUUCAUUUUGUUAGAUCUGUAAUAUUCGUUACAAGUCUAAAUGCAUAUAGUAUCAUGCAUGUAAUGUACCCAGCAG